AUGGGGGGCUGUGACAGCUGUCAGGCCGUAAACGGGCUGACUCUGCUCCGCGCAGUGUGCUUAUGGAUCGGGGUUUUCACAUCAGCAGUCAUGAGCAAAGGUGACAACUGCACGGAUCCACCAGUGCUGGCGUUCCCCUCCAUAUCCCAGGCCUGGGGACUGUGGGCCCUCUUCGGUGUUGUGACAUUCCUGCUUCUCAUCUCACUGGCUACACUCUUGCUCCUAUGGACCAGUGCCCAGAGCAGGGGCCAGCCAGAGCUUGGACGCUCUGGAGGGGGUGUGGAAGAGGUCCCCCUGUAUGGGAACCUGCACUAUCUACAGACAGGACGGCUGUCACAAGAGCCAAGGCUGGGCCAACAGGAUCCAUCCCCUGGAAACUCUGCCAGGGAUGCAGAGGAGGUGAUGUGCUAUACCAGCCUGCAGCUGCCGCCUCCUCAGGGCCGGGUCCCCAGCCCUGGGACUCCCAUCAAGUACUCAGAGGUGGUGGUGGACUCUGAACCAAAGCCCCAGGCUGUGGACACGGAGCCGGAGCUCUAUGCCUCAGUGUGCGCCCAGACCCGCAGAGCCCGGGCUUCCUUCCCGGAUCAGGCUUAUGCCAACAGCCAGCCAGUGCCCAGCUGAGGAGAGCCUGGCAGUGGGGGUAUUCCAAGCCUGCCUCCAUUACCAAGGCUCCUGGUGCUCUGCUGGGGAUAUGCCUAUUUCCCCAAGGGCAGCAAGCCAUUGCCAGUCAGAGGUGAUGCCUUACACAGACCUUGCUAUCCAAACUGAGAGGGAAACAUCUCUGGGUACACUACCGAAGGCCCCUGGCUUCCAGAGGAUGGAACAGCAAGGUAGUGGCUCCAGCCCCACUUUUCUUUUUUACCUAUUCCUCUCAGCCCCAAACUCCCAUGGACUCACUUCCUCCUCCCUCCUCUUCCCCACCCCCUCCCUCAGAGUUUACCACCACCUAGGUGUAGGCUCAGGCACCGGAAGUGGGCAGCCAGAGGGGAGGGGUAAGAGCCCAAGAGGAUGUGGGCGGGUGUGGGUAUCAUCCUUAGGAGCCCACAGACUGGAGGGGUCCUCAGGACCUGUAGACCUGAGCAGCCCAAGCCAGGCUUCUGACUUGAGGACCCUGGCAGGAAAAUACAGUCUCCAUGCUGCUCGCUCUGUCAUG